CUCUGGUGGCUCCGCUUCCACAGACGGCAUUUGACAGCUCCUCAGAAAUGCUCCUCAGCAAAGCAAAGCUCAACAGUCGAGACGGAGUCGGUGGUUGGUCACCGCUGGAAUCUAAUGCAAAGCAAUGGCUGCAGAUUGAUUUGGGAGAGCGAUUUGACAUCACAGGGGCGGCCACACAGGGGAGACAUGGGAGCUCUGACUGGGUGACGCGUUUCAGUGUCAUGUUUAGCGAUACCGGACGCAACUGGAAACCAUAUCAUCACGAUAACACCAUCUGGGUGUUUUCAGGAAACACAAAUGCAGAUGGUGUAGUCAGUCAGAAAUUUCAGCAUUCCAUCAAAGCCAGAUUUCUUCGCUUUAUUCCAAUGGAUUGGAACCCAAGUGGAAGAAUAGGAAUGAGGAUAGAGGUGUACGGCUGCUCUUACAAAUCUGAUGUAGCCGACUUUGACGGCAGAAGCUCCCUCCUGUACAGGUUCAAUCAGAAGCUGAUGACCACAUUUAAAGAUGUCAUUUCCCUGAAGUUCAAGAGCAUGCAGAGCGAAGGCGUAUUAUUUCACGGAGAAGGACAGCGUGGGGAUUAUAUUACUCUGGAGCUACAGAAAGGAAAAUUGGCUCUCUACAUUAACCUGGGGGAUGCCAAGCUUCGUUUUGGUAACACUCACACAGUGGUCACGUUGGGGAGCCUCCUGGACGAUCAGCAGUGGCAUUCUGUCCUAAUAGACCGCUUCAACAAGCAAGUCAAUUUCACAGUGGAUAAAUAUACCCAACAUUUCCGCACCAAGGGGGAUUCCGAUGACUUGGACAUAGAUUAUGAGUUCAGCUUUGGAGGGAUUCCAGUACCAGGAAAACCCGGAACGUUUAUGAGGAGGAAUUUUCAUGGCUGCAUCGAGAACCUUUAUUACAAUGGAGUGAAUAUUAUUGAUUUGGCAAAGAGACGCAAACCUCAGAUCUACAUUGUGGGGAAUAUUACAUUUUCCUGCUCCGAGCCCCAUGUUGUUCCUGUCACCUUCAUCAGCUCCAGCACAAGUUACCUGUUAUUACCGGGCACACCACAAAUGGAUGACUUCUCCAUCAGCUUUCAGUUCCGCACAUGGAAUAGUGAUGGUCUCCUACUUUCUACGAAACUUUCUGGAGAUUCGGGUCUUCUCAUACUUCAGCUGUUUUCUGGAAAAUUGCUUUUAAUGAUUCAGAGGGAUAUAGUGAAUAUUCAGCCCAUCAGAACAGGCAGUGAUUUGAAUGAUGGCUUAUGGCACUCCGUCACCAUCAAUGCAAGACGACAUCGCAUCUCCCUGACGCUGGAUAAUGGGGCAGCUUUACCCGUCCAUGCCACCCUCCCAGUCCAGAUCUCCACGGGGCACCAGUAUUAUUUUGGAGGCUGUCCGGAUCAGCAGGAAGAUUCCUCCUGUACAAAUCCUAUUUCUUCAUUCCAAGGAUGCAUGAGGCUCAUCUUUAUAGAUAAUCAGCCCAAGGACCUCAUCUUGGUGCAGCGCGGAGUCCUAGGGAACUUCACUGAUCUGCAAAUCGAUAUGUGCGGCAUAAAGGACAGAUGCCUGCCAAAUUACUGCGAACACGGAGGAGAAUGUUCUCAGACUUGGAGCACAUUUCACUGCGACUGUGGGGACAAGGGCUACGCGGACGCCACUUGCCAUAGCACUUUGUAUGAACAGUCCUGCGAGGCCUAUAGGCACAAGGGAUACCCGUCUGAUUACUACUACAUCGACUCGGAUGGAAGCGGGCCACUUGGACCUGUCCGUGUUUACUGUAACAUAACCGAGGAGAAAAUCUGGACGAUCGUCGGGCACAACAUUACGGAGAUAACACCUGUGCUCGGAUCAUUUUCCGGGAGAGCGUAUUCUAUGUCAUUUAACUACAGCGCCAGAGCCGAUCAGCUGGAAGCCAUGAUCAACAAUGCGGAGUACUGCGAGCAAGAAGUGGCUUAUUACUGCAGACACUCCCGCCUGCUCAACUCCCCCAAUGGCGCCCCCUUCACCUGGUGGAUUGGAAAAGGCAAUGAGAGGCACACGUACUGGGGAGGCUCCUUACCUGGGCAGUGCACCUGCGGGUUGGAGGAAAGCUGCAUUGAUAUGAGGCAUUACUGCAACUGCGACGCUGACAGGAGCGACUGGACAAGUGAUAUAGGAUUCCUUACCUUUAAAGAACACCUGCCGGUCUCCCAGAUUGUGAUCACUGACACAAACAGAUCGGGCUCUGAAGUGGCCUGGAAGGUGGGAGCUCUGCGAUGUUAUGGUGACAGAAGCUUCUGGAAUUCAGCCUCUUUCACUUCCGGGACCUCUUGUCUCUAUUUUCCUACCUUCCAUUCAGAUUUCAGCAUUGAUAUCUCAUUUUUCUUCAAGACCACAAGCUCCUCUGGAGUCUUCUUGGAAAACGUUGGGGUCAAAGAUUUAAUAAGAAUCGAGUUAGUCUCUCCCUAUCAGGUCACCUUUUCAUUCGAUGUGGGGAGCGGGGCCCUGGAGGUCUCUUUGCAAUCAGUCCCAGCUUUGAAUGACGGUCAGUGGCAUUAUGUCAGAGCGGAGAGGAAUAUUAAAGAAACCAGUCUCGUCAUAGAUAACCAGCCAAGAAAACUAGUGCAGAGUCCGCCUGAUGGACGAGUCCGUGUCCAGCUCAGCACUCAGCUGUAUGUAGGAGGGACGUCAUCCAGGCAGAAAGGCUUUGUGGGGUGUAUACGCUCUCUCCAGCUAAAUGGACAAACCCUGGACCUCGAGGAAAAGGCCAGGCUGACCCCGGGGAUCAGGCCAGGAUGCCCGGGCCACUGUAGCAGCUACGGAAACUUAUGCAACAACAAUGGGAGGUGCGUGGAGAAACGCAACGGAUACACCUGCGACUGCACCAGCUCCGCCUAUGAAGGACCUUAUUGUAGGAAAGAAGUCUCUGCAAUGUUUGAAGCUGGAACCUCGGUCACAUAUAUUUUCCAGGAACCGUAUCCAGUGUCCAGGAAUACCAGCGCGUCCGCUUCAGCCAUAUAUGCGGAUACCGUGAUAUCAAGGGAAAACAUUGCUUUCAGCUUUCUGACAGCACAAGCACCAAGCUUACUGCUCUACGUGACCUCAGUAUAUCAGGAUUACCUGGCUGUAAUGCUCUGCAGAAAUGGAAGUCUACAAGUCAGAUAUAAACUCAGUAAGGAAGGAUCUUAUGUUUUCACGUUAGACUCUGAGAGGCUGGACAAUCGAAGGCUUCAUCAUGUGAGGAUCAGCAGAGAAGGACGGGAGAUGACCAUACAGAUUGACAAGUCAGUUAAGCAGAAGCAGAACUUCUCCUCAGAUGUCAACUUCAAAGCCACCAAAUCUCUGACAUUGGGGAAGGUUGUAGAUAACCCGGGGCUUGAUCCAGAAGUUUUCAGCGUGAGCUCCAUUGGCUUCAUUGGAUGUCUAUCUUCUGUCCAGUACAACCAAGUUGCACCCCUUAAAGCAGCACUCCGGCACCCUAAUCUAGCCCCGGUGACAGUCAUUGGUUCCCUGACAGAAUGUAGCUGCGGAUCCAUCACUGAGAGCGACCUCAGCACAAUCACCACCACCUACUCCUCCUCCGAUCCCUUUGGGAAGACAGAUGAUCGGGAGCCCCUGACCAAUGAGAUGAGAAGCGGUCCUGCCGUCAUCGGAGGUGUCAUAGCUGUGACGAUCUUUAUCAUUUUCUGCAUUGUGGCGAUAAUGACAAAAAUUAUUUACCAGCACAAAAAAACUCAUGGAAAAAGUCAGUCCAAGGAGAAGGAGUAUCCGGGCAGCAUGGACUACGCCUUCAGGAAGGAGCUGGACUUGCAGAACACAGUCAGCGAGUGCAAAAAGGAGUAUUUCAUCUGAGAGACCCGCUUCCUACAUGAUGUCUCCUCUUUUUGGCAGUUGUUUUUUUUUUUGUUGUUUUUUUUUAGCAAUGUCUCAACAUCUGUUCCCCUGGGAAAGAAGAAGAGGAAUGUGACAAACGUCUUGAGGUCUCCGUCUUCUUAAAGGCUCCCCAGCUUUGCAGAUGGGGCCUCGUGCCCUGAAGACGUAACCGCCUCAUUUCUCCGGUUUUGUUACCGCGUUUUAUUGCUUCUAGGGGAACAAUCCAACGAGGAAUUGACCUUGUAGCUCUCG